AUGGGUCGCAAGUUUUUAAUGCCAGUCGGCCGACACCAUCUAAAAUUUAAGUUCCAGCUGCCAUACAAUAUGCUUCCAUCUUCCUAUGAAGGCGGUGUGAAUUGUUACAUUCGUUAUACGAUAACCGCAACUAUGAUACGACCUUGGGCAUAUGAUUAUAUCACCACUAAAGCCUUUACUAUACUUGAAAAAAUCGAUAUUAAUCUGCCAGACCUGAAGGUUUUGGCCGGAUCUGAAGAUUUUGUGAGUGGUUCUGGGUGCUUCUCUUGUUUAUCUACACCAAUCAAGUUAUCUGCAACUACAGAUCGAACUGGCUAUUGCUCUGGAGAAAAUAUUAAAGUUUGUAUAUCAAUUGAAAAUACCGCUAGAAAAAGGCUGAGAGAGGUGGUUAUUAAACUUAUCCAAAAUGUUAUGUUUAUUGCAAACGACUUAGUCUGGAAUAAUCAAAAAGUAUACGAAAAAAUUCGAAUUAAUAAUAUUACCAAAACUGGAGACAGAAUUGAAUGGACAGACCAGUUAAUUCCAAUUCCUUGCCUGCCACCAAGUAGCAAGGCAUGCCGAACUAUCCGCCUUCACUAUGCUAUUUAUGUUAAAGCAACGGUCUGGAACGGUUACAAUUUAACGGUUAAAAUACCCAUCAUCAUUGGCACGAAACCUUUGCAGGAUAUGUUUGAAACUAAUGGCUCGGAUGCUGUAUAUAAAUACCGAGAUUGCAUUGAUGGAAAAAUUGAUUUUCUGCGGAAAGAUUCUCAACAAUAUUUCAUUGGAAAUCAUACUUUUGUACCUCAAUAUCCAUUUAUUGUUAGUUAA